AACACUGUCGCUGACGUGUCUGUAAAAAAUAUCGAAGCUGAAACAGGCGGAGCAGGGCUAUUUACUCGUUUUUUAUUUAUUAUCCUAUAGCAUAUAAGGUGCGUUUCACAACGCUACACAUAUAGGACAAUGCUUAAAAUAGCCUUUACGCUUCUAUGUGUACUCUGCGUCACUGCAACGACUUGGAGUGCGCGCACCGUCGAUAGCCAUUUGGGGCCAAAGGAUCUCACCCGCCUGCAAAAAGUCUUUGUUGAUGGCCUUAGUUCCAACGAUCUACAAGCGAUUUUCUUUGCCAGCCUAAACAUUGAGACAACUGAUGCUGCGACAAAGGAAACGCUCUGCAAAAAGAUUGUUACGUUACAUACAGAAUCCAAACUAAAUAACUUUGAGAAGGACUACUACCUGAUUGGUGCCAACAGAAAUUUGCGUUGCUCCACAAAGAUCCCUGAAGCACUGUUGUCGAAGGUCUACAGCUCGUUGGAUUCGGAAUUGGCCACCACACAGGAAAUUUACUAUCGUUUAGCGACGCACAAAGCACUCGGCGUCCAGGUUAGCGAGGCAGCGCAGGCGAAAAUUGUGAAACGCUUGCAGGAGGUGCUGAAAAAGGAUGACACGCUCAGCGGUCUGGGCUAUGCAUUUAAUGUGGCUGUCCAGCUCGGCCCUAGUGCCAGUUUCAUUGCCGACCGCACCGAGGACGCUAUUGUUCAAGCUGACGAAGUUGAUGGCCGACUGCUGCAAUUCGAGGGUGGACUAAGCAUCACCGCCUUGAUACUUAACGGCGUUUUUGGUGUGUCGAAGGCUUUUAACAAGCCAGCACCUGUUACAGCUGACCAAGCUGUUAAAUUUGCUAACUAUUUGCUGAGUCGCCGCUCGGUGCAAACUGCCAAGGGAGCUCAUGUGCUAAUUGAGGCGCUAAAAACAAUCAGCAGCGCGGACAAAGUAUCACCCAUCUGCAUACAGCUCAUUGGAAAUGGACAACUGGAGGCCCAGUCGCCAACUCUGAAUGUAGCAAUUGUUGAUUUGCUCGGCAAACCCCUGUCGCCAGCCGUGACGAGCCUCAGUGCAAAGAUUAGUGUGAAGAAGGAUGGCUCUGUGUUGGCAGAAAAGAUUCAGUUGGUAUCAAAGUCUUCAGACAAAACCACCUAUGCGGCGGAUUUGAGCAGCCUGAAGCCAGGUCGCGGCAUAUACCAGGCGGAGUUGAACGGUGAUGGCGUUUAUAAACAAAAACUGCAAUUUAAGGUUUUGGGACGUGUCAAGGUACAGACUCUAGAAGUGGGCAUUGCCGAAUCCGAUGCCAGUGCAGCCACACGUAAGCAAAGCGUCAGCUACCCAAACAAGCUGAAGGAUACCCUCACGGCGGACAGCACACAGAAGCUGCUACUUAAAGCGCUGCUAGUCGAUGAGAGCACCAGCAAACCCAUUGCAGUGCAUCAGGCCUUUGUGCGUCUGCAUAACCAGGAAACAGACAAAGAGAUCAUAUUCGUAGCUGAACAGGAUAGCAGCAAGGCAUACAAGUUUGACAUGGACGUGGGCAAUCAGGGCAAGAAUUUCAAUUUCCAAAAUGGCUUGUAUAACAUUUAUCUGACUGUCGGCGAUGCUUCGUUGUCCAACUCCUUCGAGUGGCUAUUGGCUGAUGUGCAGCUGAAAUUUAAUCAGCCGGACAGAGAUGUCAAACCCAGCCAUGUGAAUGGACCUCUGCCAGAGAUCGAGCAUCAAUUCCGCGUGCCCGAUAAGCGCCCGCCCCGCAUUGUUUCGGAUAUCUUCACUGGCCUGUGCAUAACGCCCCUCGUCCUGCUCUUUGUCUUCUGGGCUAAAUUGGGCAUAAAUGUGUCGAACUUUACGUGGUCACCCAGCACGAUUGGCUUCCAUUUAGGCUUUGGUGGCAUCUUGGCGCUCUUCUUUGUUUUUUGGCUGCGACUGAACAUGUUCCAGACACUGCGCCUGCUCAUACCAAUCGCAGUAUUCACAUUCCUCUGUGGCAAUCGACUGUUGCGACGACUCUAUGCACAACGUAACGCCAAGAAUCCAGCUGGUGCUUCAUAAGCGACAUUACUGAGGGCUUUAAGGCUGUGCUCUAUUCAGCAUUCGAUAAUUAGAUCAAAAUUAGCCAGCGUCAAGAACUGCUAAUUGAGGAUAUGUGUUGCAGUCACACUCUCUAUCUAACAAACUAUAAUUAAAACCAAUCUUUAAUAAAGCGUUUAGUGUAAGCUCUAUUAAAACACA